AUUUGUUGUUUUCAGGCAUACACUAACAUAAUAUCAUUGUUAUAUCUUGCAUGUUUAAAUUACUUGCACAUGGUUGAAUAAUCACAUUAGCUGAGAACUGAACUGAACUGAGCCUACUGAACUGAACACCCAUCUUACAUCUGUACUAGCAGAAAUUCGUUCAACGGUUUUUGUGAACUCAUGUCUUGGGGGUUCCCCUCCCCCAUCGGCCUUCAUUACUUUGUUCAAUGGGUCUCGGAAGUUUCAGAUGAGCCCUAAAAAAGAAAACACUGUCUAUUGUUCCAAUAAACCGCUUUGGCCAGUGCAAUACCGUUGUUUCUAGUAGAGGGCGCUGCGUAGCAUAGAGGGCUCACGGCCUCGGAUCUUUUUGUCUGAGAACUGGAUCCCGCUGCCGCUUUACAGUGUGUGCGAUUGCUUGGAGCCGCGUCUGUAUCACACUGUCAAACCACUCCAAACGAACACAAUUGCAGCCAAUACAAUUUAUUUACCAUCUAGUACCAUGACAAUUUUUGUUAGUCGGUAUAAUCGAUCGAUAUUGUAAUUGUUUAUUUGAACUUAGUAGAGGGUGAAUCGGCUUGUUUUCUGUGUAGCUGUAUCAGUCUUUAUUAGCGAGCUGGCGCUCUUCUUUCUAUUAGCUAUUUCUUUAACUUUUUUAAACACUCAGCCUCGCGAAUGACUGAGCGCCGGCGGAGUAUGGGAUCCUUGGUGUCUUAGGAAGCGAAUGAGUGGGGUUUUAACCGUUUUUAAGGAUCUAAACGAUGGCAAAUUCGACGGGAAAAAAUCUACCUGAUCAGCGAAGGAAAGGACUGGCUUUCCUGGACGAGCUGCGGCAAUUUCACCAAAGCAGAGGAUCGCCGUUCAAGAAGAUCCCAAUCGUGGGUGGCAAAGAGCUGGAUCUUAAUGCUCUCUAUAUCAGAGUCGUUUCGUUAGGUGGAUUUGCUAAGGUGUCUGAUAAAAACCAGUGGUCUGAACUUGGCGAAGAGUUCAAUUUUCCAAGAAGUUGUUCCAAUGCUGCUUUUGUUUUAAAACAGUACUACCUUCGCUAUUUAGAAAAGUAUGAGAAAGUCCACCACUUCGGUGAAGAUGACGAUGACGUCCAGCCGGGCAACCCAAAACCAUCUCUUCCAAUUGGUGCAAUACCCUGCUCUUACAACUACCAGCAACACUCUGUAUCAGACUAUCUCCGCCAAAGCUAUGGCUUGUCCACGGACUUUGUGGCGCCGUCCGACUACAACAAGCUGGUGCUGUCCCUGCUGUCGGGCCUGCCCAACGAGGUGGACUUUGCCAUCAACGUGUGCACGCUGCUGUCCAACGAGAGCAAGCACGCCAUGCAGCUGGAGAAGGAGCCCAAGCUGGUCACGCUGCUGCUGGCCCAUACGGGGGUCUUCGACGACUCGUUGGGGAGCUUCUCUGCCGUGUUUGGGAUGGAUUGGAAGGAGAAGACGUCUCGGGACUUUAACAAGUUCUGGAAGGAUGUCAUAGAGGACACAGAAGUACGAGAUCUCAUCUCGGACAACAGAAACACCACCUCACCAGACAUGGAGCACGUGGAGGAGCGGCGGCGGCGGCAGGAGGUGCUCUUCCACCCAGCGCGUGCCCCGGGGCUGGGCGACGCCGAGGGCCAGCGCGUGCUGCAGGUGGCGCUCAUCCUGCGCAACCUGUCCUUCGAGGAGGCCAACGUCAAGCUGCUGGCCACCAACCGCACCUGCCUGCGCUUCCUGCUGCUCUGCGCCCACUGCACCUUCGUCUCGCUGCGGCAGCUGGGCCUCGACACGCUGGGCAACGUUGCCGGAGAGCUCCAGCUUGAUCCAGUGGAUUUUCGGACGACCCACCUGAUGUUCCACACCAUCACCAAAUGCUUGAUGUCCAGGGACCGCUUCCUGAAAAUGAGAGCAAUGGAGAUCCUGGGUAACCUGAGCAAGGCGGAGGACAACGGCGUGCUGAUCUGCGAGUACGUGGACCAGGACUCGUACCGCGAAGUGAUCAGCCUGCUCACCUUGCCCGACGUCAUGCUCCUUAUCUCCUCCCUCGAGGUGCUCUACCAGCUCACCGAGCUCGGCGAGGUCACCUGCUCCAAGAUUUCCUCCGUGGAGAGGAGUAUAGACCUGCUUGUACGGCUAGUGUCCAUUGAUCUGCACACGUUUGGCCCCGACGCCCUGACUGCUGUCAAGCUCAUCGAGCACCAGGCGUCCAGCAGCCAAGUGGCAGAGGUGCGGCCACAGCUCGUCGAGCACGUCCCUCCCCCCAUGCAGGGCCCACCUGGACCAGCACCAAGAGUCCCUGUUCAGUCUACUCCUCCUGGUAUUGUGGAGUUAGAUGGGGAGAAGUUCACCCUUCAGUGGCUGAAUGCUCACUUUGAAGUGAACAUGGAGGGCUCGGUGUCGAGGUCCGAGAUGUACUCUGAGUACCUGGCCACCUGCAGCAAGAUGGCCCGCAGCGGGAUUCUCACCUCCUCUGGCUUCUACAAGUGCUUGAGGACAAUCUUCCCUAAUCACGCGGUCAAACGCAUGGACGAUGGCAAGAUGAAUACCCAGGCGCAGAUCCACGUGGUUGGGAUUCGGAGGCGAUCCAUCCCCCUCCCCAUCCAGCUAUACUAUCAGCAGCAGCCCAGCCCUGUGGCCGUGACCAAGCACGAAGCCCCCUCAGAACACCCACAGGCGCCCCCAACAGGCCUCCACCCUGGCAUGGGUGGGCAGUUUGUGCGGGCACCUGUCCCCAGCCCUACAGCCAGCCAGGCAGCGCCGCAGUUAGCCUACGCCGUGCAGGCAGCGCCACACUCGCACCCACCACCAGCCAUGACCGUUUCUCCACGCUUCCCGCCGGCCAACCCGCCCGGCCUGCCCCAGCAGUCGCCGAGCCCUGCCGUCGCACCCAUGCCGCCGCGUCCCGGCGACAUGGUCAAGACGGCCAUGAUCCAGAGCUCCAUCCCCACAGCGUCGGUGCCGCCCACCAUGCCCAACCACGGCGGGCUCCCGGCCGCCAUGGCGCCCCCGCAGCAGCUGCUGCACCACGCUCCCGUCACGCUCUUCCAGCAGGGCCCCCCCCCGCAGGCCCACCACGUCUUCGCCGGACGGGUCCAGGGCGUGGUUCCUCCGGGCGCCGGUCAGCAGCGCCUGUCCCAGCCCGGCGGCGCCGGCGCCUCCCAGGAGUCGUCGGUGGUCCUGGCCUCGCCGCCGCAGUUCGUCAGCUCGGCCUCGAUAGUGGCCGGCGGGCAGGUGUUCACGGUCGCUGGCGUCCAGAACGCGCAGGGCUCCAGGGUCACCUUCCAGAACAUCGCCCCGAAGCCUGCACCCAACCAGCAGCAGCAGCAGCUCCCUCAGCAGCAGCAACCCCAGCAGCAGGCUCUGCAGCAGCAGACGCCACCGCAGCAAAACGUGGUCAUCGUCAGCCCCAACCCCCAGCCAAACCCAGCGUUCGCCCCGGCCAUCCACCAGAUAGUGCUGACCAACCCCUCGGGCAUGCCCACGGCCCAGACCAUCCAGCUGGCCGGGCAGCCGUCCAGCACCUCUACCCCUCCGCCCUCGCACUGCCCCCCAACCUCCAGCCCUCUGCCCCAGGUCGUGAGCUCGCCCUCGCACCCGGGCCAGGGCCCCCCUCCCACGGUCAGUCAGAUGCUCUCCGUCAAGCGCCAGCAGCAGCAGCAGCACCUCCAGACGUACCCCCCGCCUCCCCCACCUCCCGGCCAGCCUACCUCCACGGAGUCCAGCCUGAUCAAACAGUUACUGCUUCCGAAGCGCGGGCCCUCCACUCCCGGAGGGAAACUCAUCCUCCCCGCGCCGCAGGUCCCUCCCCCCAGCAGCACGCGGGCGCCCAGUCCGCAGGUGGUCUACCAGGUGUCCAGCAGCAGCAGCGGCGGCGGCCAGAGCAUGGCCCAGCCGCAGCAGCAGCAGCCCCAGCAGCUCAACGUGCAGCUGGUCCAAAGCCCGCUGCCGUCGCCCGGUGCCGUACAGACUGUCCCCAUCUCCAGCCUGCAGCUCCUGCCUGGCCACCAGCUCAUCUCCACCAGCAGCCCGGCCACCAUCCUCCAAGGUACGCCCGCCAACCAGGUCACGUUCACGGUAGUGCCAAACGCGGGCUUCCCCGCCACCGGGGUUGCCCAGGGCGUGCCGUCGCCGCUGACGACGCAGACGGGCCUGCCCGUCAGCGGAGCCCCGCCCAGCGCGCUCGGGGUCCAGGUGCAGCCCGUGACCUCACCUCAGCCCCCCGCAGGGGCCACGCCGCCCGUCUCUGUGCCGCCGUUCCGGGCGGACAAGAUUAUCUGCCAAAAGGAGGAGGAGGCCAAAGACGCCACGGGGCUUCACGUCCACGAGCGCAAGAUCGAGGUGGUGGAGAACUCCUCCCUGGGCGAGGGCGCCAAAACCAGCAACGGGGACGCAGCGGAGCCCCAGGGCCCUGGAGGAGCCAAGCUGCUCAACGGGAGGAAGUGCGUCGACUCGAGUCUACCUCCGUACCACUCAGGGAACAGCCAGCUGGCCGGUGCUCAGGUCGCACAGGCUCUCAACGGGCCCGCCACGGAGGCCGCCGACGCCGCCAGCGCCGGGAAGCUGAGCCCCGCCGGUCCGACUCCGGACCCCCGAAAGCUCCUGGUCAACGGGGUUUGCGAUUUCGACCGGGGGGACGCCGCGGGCCCUGGUGCCCACCUCGGCAAAAACAUUCCAAAUCACAAAGCUUCCAAACACGUGGGGAACGGGGAGGUGGCCCCCAGAGGGCACGGCGCGGCGCCUGGUGCGGACUCUCUUCCUCAACCUCAGCAGGACACUGCCAAAGCAGAGCCGGCGGAGCGCGUGGCCAACGGGCCCAAGAGCGCGGUCCGCAGCGUCGAGAUCUCCAACGGGCCCUCGGGCCAGAACUAUGACGCUCCCACGCCCCACCUGCGCCUCCAGCAACCCCACCACCACCAUCACCACCACCACCACCACCACUCGCCCCCCAUCUUGCCUCCCCAGGGGUCGGAGGUCCAGUCCCAACCCCAGCCACAGCAGCCAGCAAACGGAGCUAACGAGAGCCGGGCGCUCAAGCGGCCGGCUGAAGACGGGGAGCGGGGGCCCCAGUCCGGCAUCCCCAGCAAAGUGGGCGUGCGGAUAGUCACCAUCAGCGACCCCAACAACGGCGGCCACAGCGCCACCAUGGUGGCCGUGCCGGCCGGGGCCGACCCAAGCACAGUAGCAAAAGUAGCAAUAGAGAACGCAGCGCAGCAGAAGCCCGGCGCCUUGACACAGCAGGACACGCUCCCUCAGUCGGUGUCGGCAGCUAUGCCCGUGGCCCCCGCGGUGCCCCAGCCCCUGCAGGGCAGCAGUGGCAGUCCCAGUCCGUCUCUGGAAGGCCCACAGGCCACAGCGGUACCCCAGGAGCAGGCCCGGAAACCUGGCCAGAACUUCAAGUGUCUCUGGCAAUCCUGUAAACGGUGGUUUGAGACACCAUCUCAGGUGUUCUACCAUGCCGCCACUCAACAUGGCGGGAAGGAGGUGUACCCUGGGCAAUGCCUCUGGGAAGGCUGUGAACCCUUCUCACGGCAAAGACUAUCCUUCAUCACUCACUUACAGGACAAGCACUGCUCAAGGGACGCUCUAAUCGCUGGCCUGAAACUGGAGGAGCAGAGGCAAGGCGGCAAUCAGAACACUUCCAAGUCUCCACCAGUGGCUGCCAGCAGUCCGACCCCAAGAGCACAGAAAGCUAUCGUCAAUCACCCCAGUGCCGCCCUCAUGGCACUACGCAGGGGGUCACGGAACCUGGUCUUCAGAGACUUUACUGAUGACAAAGAGGGACCAAUGACCAAACACAUACGACUAACUGCUGCCUUAACAUUAAAGAACGUCGCAAAGUAUUCAGACGAUGGGCGAAGGUUGGUAAAACGACAUGAGUGCCACCUGUCGGUCCUGGCGCUCAGCAACAUGGAAGUCUCCACGACGCUUGCCAAAUGCCUUUACGAACUGACUCACACCCUACAGGCUUGAGCCAAGCUGAAUUCCCAAAAAAAAAAAAAGAAUUUAAAGAAAAAAAGAGGAAAACCACACUUCCCAUAGUGCUGGCGAACAAGUCUCAUGGUGGCCACGUUGGGCAAAGCUUCCCAAGGCCCCCCCCCCCCCCCUUCCAUUUCAGUUCUCAGUUUGCUUGGACCACCCCUACAAUCACACCCAUCUCUUCCCUCCCUCCUGCCCACACCCACAAAAACAAAACAGGAAAAAAAAAAGAAAAAAAAAAACACAAACUGCCAUGGGGUCUUCCACCAGCCACUCAGAAACCAGCCACCUGCUCC